CAAGCAGCUACUGUAAACAUAUAUACUGUAAACAUAUAUUUUCUGGAAACAUAUAUAUCGAUCUAUAUACACACACACAUAUAUAUAUAUACUGUAAACAUUGCAUAUAUCACGGGGCUAAUUAAUUACCAAACUAACUUAAACAUCAUGAACGGGAAAGAAGAAGCAGCAAAUGGUCUUUCUGCAGCCAAAGAAAUCUCAUGCACAGCUGCCGUGGCAUGGGGUCCCGGGCAACCUUUGUCUAUACAACAAAUUCGUGUUCUACCCCCUCGGGAAAUGGAAGUCCGAGUCAAAAUCCUUUUCACUUCAAUUUGCCAUACUGAUCUUAGUGCUUGGAAAGGUCAGAACGAGGCUCAACAAGUGUAUCCUAGGAUUUUUGGACAUGAGGCCUCCGGUAUAUAUAGGGUUGUUGAGAGUAUAGGGGAAGGUGUUAAGGACAUAAAGGAAGGGGAUCAUGUUCUCACGAUCUUUCAUGGAGAGUGUGGUGAAUGUGAUUAUUGCAAAUCCAAAACCACCAAUUUAUGUGCAAAGUUCCGGGUCGAUCCAUUAAGAAGUGUAAUGAGGAAUGAUGGGAAGACCAGGUUCUUGACGCAAGAUGGGAAACCCAUCUUCCAUUUCUUAAAUGCUUCUACGUUUAGCGAAUAUACAGUCGUGGACUCGGGCUGCAUCGUCAAGAUUGAUCCAAAAGCUCCACUCAACACCAUGACCUUAUUUAGCUGCUGUCUCUCUACAGGAUUUGGAGCUGUAAUCAAUACCGCAAAUGUACACCAAGGCUCUACGGUUGCAGUUUUCGGGUUGGGUGCGGUGGGAUUGGCGGUCAUACAAGGAGCCAAGGCAAGAGGGGCAUCUAAGAUAAUAGGAAUUGAUAUUAAUCCUGACAAACGUAUUAAAGGCCAAACAAUGGGAACGACGGACUUUAUAAAUCCAAGGGACAUUAAGACGUCGGUGCAUGAGAAAAUAAGGGACAUGAUUGAAGGAGGGGUAGACUUCAGCUUCGAGUGUGCCGGAAAUGUUGAUGUUCUUCGUGAAGCCUUCUUAUCUACACACGAUGGAUGGGGGAUGACAGUAGUAUUGGGAAUUCAUCCAACUCCAAGAAUGUUGCCAUUGCAUCCAAUGGAGUUGUUUGAUGGACGAACAAUCACCGGUUCAGUGUUUGGUGGCUUUAAAGGCAAAUCUCAACUCCCUCUCUUUGUCCAUCACUGCAUGCAUAUGGAGGGAGUAAAGUUGGAGGAGUUUAUAACUCACGAGCUUCCAUUCAACAAGAUAGACCAGGCUUUCGAACUGCUCAUUCAGGGAAAAUCAUUACGAUGCUUGCUUCAUCUUUGAAUUAUAUUUAUAUAUACGAUCGAGUAUAUAUGUAUGUGUGACAUAAUUUAUGAUACAUAUUGUUACUUGCACAAGUUUAAAGAGAUCAAAUUGGUUUGUCGUUUUGAUACUUCAUUUAUAAACAAAUACAUUGAGCUUUGUUGGAUUGGGUGAUAUGAUUCGUGGCGUUUGAUAAA